UUCAGAUGGCUUCCCACUGGCAGUUGGGUCUUCUUAUUAUUCCUUCGUGACGUGAAUAUUGUAAACAAUAUUCGUAUUUUAGAGGUCGAGCAGAAAGGAAAUUAUUAGUGAACUAUUGGACAAGAUUAAUAAUUUGUUUAUACAACUCGAAGAAUUUUCUAUACAUAAAAUGAAUAUCUUACCAAAAAAAAGAUGGCACGUUCGUACGAAAGAUAAUAUAGCACGAGUUCGUCGGGACGAAGCGAAGGCAGAUGAGGAAGUGAAAGCGAAAAAAGCACGAAUGCAAAAAGCUGAGACCGAAGCCAGAAUUCAACUUUUAAGACAGCAAGCGAGAAAAAAAUAUGAUGGCAGAUCAGAAAGUACGGAAAUGUCAACUUCAAUUGAGAAUAUGGAGCAUGUCAAUUUCUUUAAUGAAUUAGAAGCAGGAAAAAUCGAUUACAGGAAAUCAAAUAAGUAUUAUGAAAAGGAAAAGAAGGAGGAUCAAGAAAAGUAUGAUAAAAAGAUCGGUUACUUAACAUAUCUCGGUCAAAACUCCAUCGAAAAAACGGGUAAAAUAAAUUGGUAUAAUAAAGUUCCUGAGCGUCCUUCAAUCUCGGAGAAGGGAGUUGAAGCAGACAAAAAAAGAAAAGCUCUUGAAGAUCCCAUUCAUAAUAUUAAAAGACAUUUGAGUGGUACCAUUUCGACUGCAGAAGAUCGCAAAUCGAGUGAUGAAUCAGCUAUGGUUAAAGAGAGGAAAUGCAAGUCUACUGACUUAGAUAGAGAGAAGAAUAAUAAUAUAAACAAAAAUAAAAUAAAUAAAAGCAAUACAAAUAAAUUAAAAUCUACAAAAUGCACGCAGAAUAAUAUUAUAGAGAAAUUAAGAGCGGAAAGAACAUUGCGAGAACGCAUUGAGAAACUUAAAACAGUAAAAUUAAUAGUGAAAUUACAAGGCAUUUCUACACCUUUUAUUCCCAAAGAAAAAUCUAAAUCAGAAUUUCGUCAAAAAUACAAUUCACAGUUUUUUCCAGAACUAGCCAGGCAAAAUGUAGAGAAAAUUAUAAAAUAGGGGUGUUAUGUUCAGGAGAUGGACCAGAUAAUUUCAACUACGUAAAGUUUUUAUUCUGUAAGCUUGAAUGUAAUAAAAAUAAAUAAAAUUAUUGGCGUAUUUAAAA